GGGGCCGGAUUCUUGCCUAUCUUGCCUAUAUGUGCGCUAAAAAUGAUCAGACGCUUCCCACAUCAUGCUCAUAUCGUCUCACCCUGAAGACAUCAUGUCCAAGUGUAUCACUCAUGUUGAGGUUGUGCCUUAUUGGAAGCUCGCGGUGACUGUCCUGCGAGCUGAACUGAAUCACUCCUACGACUAUCUGUCUGCAUCCGACUGCUAUGUGAUCCUGAAGCUUCCCACGUCUUCUGCGCGCUCACACCGCACUAAGACCGUGUCCAACAGCAGCAGACCUGAAUGGAGCGAGACCUUCCACUUCCGCAUCCAGAGCCACAUCAAGAAUGUUCUGGAGCUGCAAGUGUAUGAUGAAGAUCCUUUCAAUCCAGAUGACCUCUGCUCCGUCAUCCUGUUCGAUGUCAGCAAUCUCAAGUUGGCCGAGAAGCAGACCCAAAUGUUUGUCUUGAAUCACACGACAAAAGACAAGUUGUGGGUUGAAUUUGAAAUGGUGGCCAGUGCAGAGGAACCAGGACGGUACCUGUCCAAUGGAGUCCUAAUGGCUGCACCACUAUCUAUUUUGGAUGUGACAACAAACAGCAUGGGAAGAGCAAUCCAAACUCUAAUACUAAUGCUGAGGGGAGCGUAUAGAGAGGAACAUGUACUCACUUCUGACCUCAAAAAUCCUUUACGCUACUUCAUUAACAAAGACCUGGAGACCGAACUCAAAUUGCAGGGCGUGGAGGAAGUUCAACAACUCAACCUUUCAUAUCUGGACAGUGCCAAACAUGACGUGAAAAUGUCUGUAGGACAGGACGUUGUUGACCUGGAACUGAAGAGUGAGGAAGGGUCAAAGGGGGAGCUGCUUUUGCGUUUGGACUUUGCCAUUCCCUCAGAGGAGAAGAGCUUCCUGGAGAAGAGGAAGGAGGUGGUGGGGAAAGCCUUACAGAAACUCCUGGGCCUCAGCACCCCUCCAGACAGAGAGAAGGUUCCACUGGUGGGUGUGGUUUGCUCAGGAGGCGGGACCAGGGCGAUGACGGGCACCUAUGGGAGUCUGAAGGGUCUGCAGACCCUGGGGAUCCUGGAUGCUGUCAGCUACAUCACUGGAGUGUCAGGAUCCACAUGGGCCAUGGCAACUCUGUACCAGGAUUCUGAUUGGUCCCACAAGGAUAUCGGUUUGGUCAGCGAGCCAAUGAAGCGAGAGAUGCCUGGGAGGUAUCAGGACAUUCUGUCCUCUGAGCUGCUCAGCUAUUAUAUGAAGGAAAUGGGCGAGAAAGAGGAGAGGGGCUUCCUGGUGUCCUAUAUCGACAUGUGGGGCCUGGCCAUCGAACACCUCAUCUGGGGACAGAAAUGUGACGCUACCCUCUCGGACCAGAAGAUGGCAUUGUCAGAGGGACAGAAUCCUCUGCCCAUAUACACGGCAGUUAACAUGAAGACCAGGGAUGACAUCACAGAAGCUGAGUGGUGUGAAUUUACUCCGUUUGAAGUCGGUUUCCCCAAGUACGGUGCGUUUGUGCCAACUGAGGCCUUUGGCAGUGAGUACUUCCUUGGUUAUCUGAUGAAAAGCCUUCCCGAGAUGCGCCUGGCUUUCCUGAUAGGAAUAUGGAGCAGUGUUUUCUCCAUCAACCUCACGGAUGUGUGGAGCACCCUUACAGGUUCUCUUCCAUCUUGGAUAGGUGGCGACACCGUCAGGACAGAGACAGACAACCACCCAUCCACUCUGGACACCCUGAUGAUCAAGCCGGCCACUGACAUGGUAGAGAGCAUCACCAGUUUCUUCACCGCUCGGCCAAUAAUCACCCAGAUGUAUAACUUCAUGCGCGGCCUCGCUCUCCACUGGAAUUACAACACCAACAAUGGCUUCACCAUUGGACAAGAGGGGCAUCCUGAUGCCUUUCCAAACCAGAUGACGCCUGCAGACCCGACCCUGAACCUGGUGGACGCUGGUUUCUACUGCAACAUCGGCAUGCCCCCCGUGCUCCAAGACCACCGAUGCAUGGACCUCAUCUUGUCCCUCGAUUACACCUGGACCAGUAAUCCUCAGGAGUUUGGGGAGUUGAGGAAAGCCCAACAGUACUGCAAAGACCACAGACUGCCGUUCCCCGAAAUUGACUUCCGCGCUUUGGAAAAGGAGCCUUUGAAGGAGGUGUACGUGUUUGAGGAUGAGAAGAACCCCAAAGCUCCCAUCGUGGUCCACUUCCCCAUGGUCAAUGACACCUUCAGGGAGUUCAAAGCCCCAGGUGUCAAAAGAGGAGAGGAUGAAAUGACCCUAGGUGACGUGGACUUUGACAAGUACUUCACCACAAACCUGACCUAUGAGCCCAAAGACUUCCAGAAGCUGAUGGACCUCUCAGAAUACAACGUCCUUAACAACCGGGACACGCUGCUUUCGGCUCUGGGAAGGGCAAUGCAUCGAAUGCAGAGAUAGGUAGAGGCCCGGUCCAGUGGACUCAGAGCACCUAGUAGACUAUACCUGUGGUUCUUAACUGGAUUAGUCCUGGGCAGCACCGCCGCCAGUACGCUCUGCAGGCUGCUCAAACAGCUACUGUAUAGUUAUAUAUGUAUA